AUGGAUCCUGAAAUGUGUGAAAAUUUUAAUAUAGCAAUUGAACAUUAUCCCGAUGAAUUAAACAUUUCUGAAAAACGUGAUAUGCAUAAUAUAGCGGGUAUUAGGAAUUAUUGCCCUAAAGGGAAUUCAGGAUACAAUGAAUGCAUUACUGAGCUCGAUAAAAUAAAUGCUACAUGCUUAUGGUUGUUCAAUAAAAAUAUUGCUUAUAGGUAUGAUGAAUUAAGUAGUGAACAGUUUAAAGCGUUUAUUAUAUACAUUAUGAUAUGGUUAAAUUAUAUGUUAAACCUAAAGAAAGAUGAAAACCCCAACCUAAAUAAUUUGUAUACUAAUCAUAUAGAAAAGAAUGAGCAUUAUACUAACUGUAAACGUCAUAGUAAAGAUUGUAAUAGUACAUUAAAAGAAAAAACUGAAUAUAAUAAUUUUAAGGAUGCCAUAGUUAAAAAUAUGGAUUUGUUGAAAAUUGAUAUUAAAGAUAUAUCUAAAUUUUAUGAUGCAUUUAAAUUAUUAUGUAAAAUGCAUACUGAAUAUGAUGAAGACAAGCUAGAAUGCCCGAAAUAUUUGGGAUAUGCAAAUGACAUUGUUGGCAAAUUUAAAAAACUUAAUGAAAGUUCUAGUAUUACUGGAAACACUUCAUAUAGUCAAAUAUGGUAUACUUUAUCAACUGAUUAUGAAAAUUUUAAAAAGCAAGAUAAUGUUGCUAAUUGUACGAAUAUUCCAUCGCUUCCAUCGAUAAAAACAACACAACAUCACGUACAAAGUUCUGGUGUUACAUCAUCAAGCUUGUCGAUAGUAAAAAAAUUAAUUCUAGCUUUAUCAAUAUUCAGUGCAAUAACAAUCUUUUUGGGAAUUUUUUAUAAGUGUUCGUUAUUUGUAUUACGGAAAAGAGAUCAAAAACAACAUUUAAGAGAAAAGCUAAAAAAUAUAAAGAAGAGAAUGAAUCAUUAA